GUUAUUGGUAACCUGCUUUCACUUCUUCUGCUCAAGACUGGACCAAUGAGUGCUCUUAUCUCAAAUCUAUUGUUGAUUGUGUUAUUGAUUUUUAAUAAGUUGGUCCAUGGGUACUUAUCUUGCUCUUGUUUGUUCAAAUACACACAUAUCAGUCAUUUUGAAACCCUAUGUUAUACUUAUCAUUGUAGGAAGGCACAAGUAACUCAGGCACUACAUUGUUGUUUGCAAUAUUUCUUGGAAGCAUGAUAUUGGGAACCAUUUUAGCAUUCUUUUUAAGUAAUCAAAGCAGGUCAAAAGCAGGGCUUGGCAUACACCAUGAAAAUUCUUCACAAUUUUUACUAAAGAUGACCUUUGUUCUUCUACUUGACAAAAGGAUGCUAUUAUUAAUCCCUCUGCUUGCAUACUCAGGCCUUGAACAAGCAUUUGUAUGGGCCAAGUUUACAAAAUUUGUAGUCAAACCUGCAAUUGGCGUAGCAGGAGUUGGAGGUGCUAUGGCCAUUUUUGGAGCAGCUGAUGCUAUUGUAAGUGGGCCACGUUUACCCCACAAAAAACAUGGUGUGAAAAUAUGUUGUGGUACUUCUUUCAAUAUUCAAAACCAGCCAAACACAAAGUUUGGUGGGUUUUUUAGAUCUAGAAAAUUUGGCAAUGACAUUGAUAUCUUGUUGUAUGUGUGGUCUUCUAAUUUUCUCUCAAAAAUUGAUAAUAUGACUGUCCAUUCAGUAGAUGGACUGGUUCCUUAAUUUAAAUCAUUAGAUUAGAAAAUCAAGAAACUUUGGAAAGAGCACAUUAGCCAAUAUUAUUUGUGCUUGUAGUUUUAACCAUAGACAAGGCACCUGAACUCUUCGAUAGAGCCAACAAACAGUAAUGGAGUUACAUUAUCAAAUGAUCAAUCA